AAUAAAACACUGUACAACAUAUGACGUUUCUACCCGGUGUAUUAUAUUCAUUGAGAAUUUUGGCAGCUAAGUAAGUCCGUUAACCACGCACAAAUUUAACAAGACCCCUAUUCUAGAGUGAAGUAUCCCUGUAGAUUUAUUUAAUAGGCUAGAUGGUAUUAAUUAUUUCUAGCGGGGUGAGCUCUUUAGGUACACCUCACUUUAAAAAAUGUUUUCUCCAAAAUUUGGAUAGGACGAGCUGUAAGAAUUUCACUACCAUCUAGAUAAAGCCGUGGUCUAUCGAUGUAGGAAAUUUAAAGAAAAAACUUGGAGCCGUUUUGAAGAAAACGGCGAAAAUGUGAUUUUUAGCAAAACUCUCUUUUUUGAGCUUUACAACGACAAUUAGUAAAAAAACAUUUAUUCAAUGAGUUUUUAAGAUUUGAUGCUGAUUUUUCGUAAGGCUUAUCCGCAAUACUUGGAAAUAGAUAUGUGAAUACUUCAAGGCAAUCCAUUCAAUGUUAUUUAACGUUUCUACAGCGCGAUGUCUUAUAUGCUUCAAAUAUUGGAUUGAAUUUUCAAGCGGCGUCAUAACUUUUUUUCUGCCCAAAACUUUCCAUCCAAAUUCAUACAGAGGCUGCAAUAGUACUAGAUGAUAAGAUUCUGAAAUUUUCAGAAAAAUCGUAGCUGAGGAUUAGGAGAAAAAAGCCAAAAACUAAAAAUAGCACAGUUUGAUUUUGGGCCGUAAUAGGCUAAACAUUUGAUAAAUCUUAAAACAAAAUACACUGUUAGAAUCUAGGAUAAUCCAAGCACAUCAUAUGAAAAAUACAGUUAAAUUGACGUAAUAGUUUUGCGAAGGGAGCGAGAAUAAAAUUGUCCAAAAUUCGCUCUGAAUUAGUUUGGUCCCACCUUAAAGCUCACGUGACUAGCUGGAACCGAAUUGUCGCUUUUAGUCCAAAACUCGGUUGUCCGCGUACAAACACUCAGAUAUCGCAUUGCAUGUGUUUUGCCGGUUUCCUCUUUAUUCCCAUGCGUAACAUGCUUGAUUAAAUGGUAUUUUUUAACUCAAAAAUUGUUAAAUUCAUAGGCCUAAUCCACUGUUUUCCCAUUUCAGACCACGUGUCAUUCCCUAGAGGAUCAUUUCUUUGUUCAACGGAUGCCCAAGAGAAGACACAUGAAUAUGGAUACUACCAAAACAAAGAAUCUUAUUCUCGAGAGAAUGACACGGGGUCUGAAAUAGGCAAAACAUUACGCCCGAGACGUGGAUUAGGUCCAAUCUACUUUCGUUUUCUAAAUGGAUCUGUGACAGCUGCUUUUGAAACCAAAUAUGUAAGUAAUUUAGGGUCAUGGUUAAGGUCUAGUACGUACUUUAUACUAUCGCGUUUCCUUGUAUAAACAAUCCCCAGUUUCGUCUGUGGCACUCGAUGUCGACGUCGUUUUGAUCAGUGCUUUCAAGAUGUUGCUGAAAUAUUUUCUGGUUAUUUCUACUGUGGUCGUUACUUUCGUGCCAUAUAAAGCCACAGGAGUUAUGGUAAAUCCAGUCGAAAACACGGAAGAAGGAACUGGGCCGGGAAGUCAACCAUCCGGCCAACACAAAGCGGUACCAAUUUCCAUGAGUAGUCGAUCAGGACAACGAUUACAAAUACCACCUUAUCAAGAAUGUUUCAAGUACACAAUUCUAUCAAAUGCUGACCAUGCUCAAGAAGCUCUGACUUUCCAACCAUUACCGAAUUGUGAUCCUUUUACUCCUGGUUGGUAUCGAUUUUCUGGAGAUGCUGGGGACAAAAUGCCUUCUACGUGCGUCCCGUACUUGCGCUGUGGUACUCUCGCCCCUGGAUGGAUGAAUGCUAAUCAUCCUUUAACUAAUGGGAGUAUUAUACAACGUGAAGUUUGUUUUAACUGGAACGGUAACUGCUGUGAAUAUAAAACUAACAUCAGGGUGCGAAAUCGUGGUCAUUUCUACGUUUACGAGUUUCCUAUUACCCCAAACUGUUGGUCAAGAUAUUGUGGCAACGCAUUAGGUCCUCUCAACAAAACUAUGCAAUGUGGUGGUAAUCUUACCAGCCUAACAGGCCAGAUAACCAGCCCAGGAUAUCCCAACUACAUGGAGCCAAUCACCUGUCACUGGACUAUCAAGUCACCAUUUGAUGGGAACAUACUGCUGUACUUUGAAAACAUUACACUUGGACAUGGAGACUGCUCGUCAAACAGCAUACUCGUUGACACUAACGGACAGACACAGACGUUUUGUACAACCCAGAAGGAUUCAAUGUCUGUUAUUGGCCAAAAAGUGGUAAAUAUUCACUGUCAUUCAACUGGAUGGAAAAUGAAAGCAGGGUUCAAGGUACGAUAUGCCAUGGUAAAUGGAAAUUUGGAAAAUGCUGAAACGCAAAGCAAAUGGAAUAUCAGUGUUAAGGUUAACGGUUCAUCUGCUAUUGAAGUAUCUUGGCAAGCGUUAAACGGCUCUUUCUUAAAACCCAGUGAAUAUGUCUAUGGAUAUGUUGUGGUGUGCAAACCAGUAAACCAGAGGUCUUUGUACGUGCUGACUGAACCCGACACUGCUACCAUCUCAAUAUCUGGACUUACGGGAGGAACAGAGUAUAAAGUACAAGUAGUGGCACUGGUAUCUGGAUAUGGGAAGAAAAAUAUCAAGCCAAUGUUUGGGAGUAAUAAAAUAACUGUAAAUAGUGAUAAAGGAGAAUGCAAAUAUUACAACAAUCUGACAUCAUGGGAUCGAGCUCAAGGUGUAGCAGGAGACGCGAAAUGCGAUCGAUAUUUUUUGGGCAGUUUAGGUAUCGUCUGGUAUCGUUUUAGCGGAAUGGCAGGUACACAGAUAGCGACCUCAUGUGUCCCUAAAAGCAGGUGUGGAACUGCUGCUCCUGGAUGGAUGUCUGGAACACAUCCUGCAGUUCGAGAUGGUAUCGUUACGAGAACUGUGUGCUAUCAUUGGAUCGAAAAUUGUUGUACUUUCUAUAACACUAUUAAAGUUCGUAACUGUGGCGGUUUUUACGUUUAUAAACUUUAUCCACAGCAUUUUUGUAACUUGCGGUACUGUGGAAACAAAGGAGGUUGUGGCAAAUCCAUUAAUGAUACAAGUGGAACACUAACAAGCCCUGGAUACCCAACCCGUAUUUACUGGAACUCAAAAUGUCAGUGGAACUUCACGGCUCCUUCUCCAUCUGGUGUCAUUGUUGUAAUAGUGGAACACCUCAGUAUACCGAUAAGUAGUCGGUGCCUAGUGUUCAACCUUACUUUUGAGGACAGCAAUGGGCUUCAAAUUGGUAAAGUAUGUGGAGUUCGAAGAUUUAUCACCUGGAUGUCUAGAGGUUCUGCUAAACUAAGAUUCCACUCAAGCAGAGCUACAUCCAGAUGGGUUGGUUUUAAAGCACGAUAUUUUGUCUUCAGUGGCGCCCUCACUAAUAUUCCAGAGAGUCUUCAAUGGCCUGGUGUGUCUGUGCAACCUAUCAGCUCGACAGCGAUAACAGUACAAUGGGGUCCUCAUCCCGCUUUACCUGGCAGCCCCUCUGUUACUGAGUACCUCAUCAUAUGUGUGCCAGAUGGCCUACCUCUCAAUGCUACAGUAUUUACCACCGAUAUAUCCCAGAAUUCUCUUGUAGAGAAUGGGUUAAUGAAGUACACCAACUAUACCACGCAGAUUGUUGUCCAAAACAGUCAAAACAAUUUUCAAUACUUGGGAAGCCAAAAAAUUUAUAAAACAACUUCUGAAGAUGUUCCCAGUGAAGGCCCAGCUAAUAUUUCAGCUAUUGCAAAAGGAAACGCAAUGAUGGUCAGCUGGCAACCGAUACCUAAACUUGCACGUAAUGGUAUUAUUACUUAUUACGUAAUUUUCUAUAAGAAAGCAUGGACCUCCGAAAACUGGGCAGAAAUGAAUGUCGGUAAACCAACAAAUGAGAACAUGCCAAUGACGGCAUAUUUAAGGGGACUGGAACCUGCUACUGAAUAUCGUAUCCAAAUAGCUGGAGUCACGACGGUUGGUGUUGGAACGAAGAGUAAAGCUGUAUUUGCUAUUUCAGGAUGCGACGAUGUUAAAAAUGCAACAGGAAACCAAUUUACUUGGACAUUUAGUAGCCCACGGCACCCUGGCAACUACCUCAGUAACCUUGAUUGUACUUGGCAGAUUUUUUCUGAAAAAAAAAUGAAUGUAUAUGUGGUUUUUUAUACAUUUCACGUUGAGGACGGAUGUUCUGACAAGGUGGUAGUAAAACAAGCUGAUGGCAAAAUUAAUGAUUACUGUGGGAAAAAAGAUCCCUUUGCAGUUAAGCUAUCUUCAGAAGCAGGCUUCGUGAAACUCAAGACAGACGGAGGACUGGAAGAGAGUGGCUUUCUUGCAAGAGUGUUUGCAGUAACAAAUAGCCUCGGUGUCCAAUAUGACAUAGAACCCGGACAAAAAACAACUACAAUAACAUUCUCGUUACAAAAAUAUAAAGGAUCUAUUCUUGAAUACGUGGUGUUGUACAAAAAAGGUAGCAGUAGCGACUUGGAAUAUAACGUUACUUUAACAACCACGAACAAGGCAAUAUUAACAGGAUUAGAGUUGAGAUACGAAUAUCAGGCAUUUGUGUUGAUUCACACAACUAAGGGAGUGUUUCGUGGACCGAUGAGCAAAACGUUUGGAUUACUUCGACCUUCAGCUACUCCUGGAACAAAAAUGCCAGAACCUACAAGUCUUCCAAAAGUAAAUGAAAAAUUAGGAAUGUAUCUAUACGGAGUUGCCGCUGGUGACUCCUUGCUUCCAAAUACACACGAUUAUUCUACAAGAUGUUUCACUCUCGAUAUUCCUGACGAUGGGAUGCAGUUCUUUACGAAAAGACAUCAUAAGAUUCACAUUUGUCGCAAUGGUCUCUUACUGUUUGAAACACCACAACUCAUCCGCUGGCCACACAGAUUUAGUGAACAGCAUGAGCUGCUGCGAAAUGCCGCGAUGUUGGCUCCGUACUGGGCCCUCACUGACGUGGAAGAUUCGUUUGUAACUCUCGGCAUUUCGAAAGUGUACUAUCAAGAAUACAAGGACACAGAUAACAGCUGGGAAUCAAAAACGAUCCUUCCUCAAGCUUCGUAUCACGUUAAAAAUCACUUCGACACUAGUGGUGUCAACUCGUUAGUUGCAAACUUUAAAGCGAAGUGGGUUCUUAAAGUGACGUGGGUUGAUCUUCGUUUUCCGAGUACGACAAAACUGGCUUUAUCCCAGAAAAACACGUUUCAAGCAGUAGUCAUGACUGAUGGCACGCUUUCCUUUGCAAUGUACAACUAUCCACCCAAUGGAAUCCAGUGGGCCGCUCCCACACAAAGAAAAUACUACAGCUUGUAUGCAGCAUACAAUAAUCAUGGGCUUCCUGUUGUUGGCUUCAACUCAGGAGAGCACAAUCGUGUUGUCCCGCGCUAUUAUGACGUCAUUGGCUCUGGUACUCCUGGCAUUGUGAAUAUCAACCAAUUAAAUGGCUCUACUGUAUAUCCAACCAACAAACUUGAUUCCCCAUGGGAUUUCAAAAUCCACGAGUCACCUGGGACGUGGUUCUUUCGCCUUGAAGAUAUUAACCGCGUAGAUUUUAAACAACAAUGCAUAGAUUGGUAUAAGAGAGAACCAGACCACCGAAAGUACACUGAACAUCUAGAGCCUUGUCCUUGUACUUAUCGACAAGCGUGGUGGGACGAACGAUUCGAAAUGGAUCCACAAGAAAGGCAUCGCAUUUGUGCAUACACAGUUUUUAAAUCUGUUCAUGGAUGGGGACAAGAAUGUUGUUACGAAAGGAGUACUGGGGCUCUGAUUAAAGGAUAUCCUGAUGGAGGGACAGCAAGAAAGCAGUACCUGAGGGUUAAAAAAACUAUAAAAGAGAACGAGUAUAUAACCUGUUGCAUAUAUAGCAAUAUGUGUCAUUUAUAUUACAAACGACGGCCAACGAAUAACUGUUUCGGUUAUAAAGAAACGGAAUGGAGCUGGUUGUGGGGCGAUCCUCAUUUCGUGACGUUAGAUGGCCUGAACUACACCUUCAAUGGUCUUGGCGAGUACAUCAUGGCAGACAUAAGCAACGGGUUGUUCCAGCUUCAAGCUCGAACCAAGCUGGUCGAGGGUGGAGGGAAAGCUACUGUGUUUGUUUCAGCCGUGGCAAGACAGACAGGAACGAGUGCAGUACAAGUGAACCUUAAAUCUGAUGAAGGUCUAGAAGUGUUGGUCAAUGGUACUGUAAUAGACCACUCCACUUUGACCAAUACAACUACUCGUUACAAUGGCUCCGUUGCUUUAUCUCGACCUGACAACACCUCCAUCACUGUACUCUUCCCUUGUGGGAUUUCAGUCAAGAUGACUGACGUCAAAGACUCUUUGGCCAUCCUUCUCGCUGCUCCAGAGAGAUUUAAGAACAAAACUCGUGGUUUGCUGGGCGUUUGGAAUGAUGAUCCUGAAGAUGACCUGACAACACCGACCGGACGUGUCCUACCGACCAACGCGACAGGAAGGAUGUUGCAUUAUGAAUUUGGUCAAAAAU